AUGGCGACCUCUCUUGCUGCGCAGUUGGCGCAGAUUGCCGCCAACUCGAAGGCUUCAUUGGACGUCAAGGCACAGAAAGCUGCCCACUCCAAGUCCUUGAUCUUCGAACCGAGAGUUGCGGCAACCCAGAGCUACCAAACGUUGUAUACGAUAUGUUUAGAAGGCUUUGACGAGCUUUGCGAACUCGAUGCAAGGUUCAAGCCGUUUGCGCUCACUCUUUUCAGUGAGCAGAGCCAGAGUGAGGACCGCACCCAGAUGACCUCUGUUGAAAACGCCGAGCUGGAUAAAAAGGUCGAGUCCUUCUUGCGCCUCGUUGGCAGCAGACUGCGGCUCAUGCCCGCCAUCAGAGCUCUUGAGUGGCUAGUACGAAGAUUCCGAAUUCACGAAAACAACACUCGAUCUCUUAUUACGACCUUCCUGCCAUACCACUCUAUUCCCGCCUUCGUUACGCUGCUCUCGAUUCUACCCUCCAAGAUUCCGCAAGAAUACCGGUUCUUGAAUCCGUACAUCAAAUCUCUUACCUCCCCUCCCCGAUCUGUUCUGGUCCACGAAUCGAUCCACCAGUUUGCCUUCCUCGCCACCCUGUCCGAAUACACCCUCGAGGCAUGCCGGAAUCAACAACAAUAUCCUACUCUGGUCUCCUUCUGGGGCGGUAUCAUGACUGAAGCCGUGAACGGUAUGCUCGAGAACAUGCGAUCAGGUCGACAGGCGAUCCAGAAAGAGAACGACCAGACUUUCCUGCACCGCGUGGGCCCUAUCUUCGGCGAGGCAUUGCUCAUGAAGAAAGUUCCCAAUCUGCAAAUCGCGUCUUACAUGGCUAUCACUAUAGUAGCAGCAAAGGGCAACUUUGACGAUGCGGCACUGUCAGCAUUCAUGGAGCAGAUUGUCCUUGGCUGGACGAGCGAGACGGUGCGGCCCGGACUUGUUUGCCUGUGUAUUUUGGCGCAAUAUCGUUCGGCCAAGCAGCUGUCCGCCAAGGUCACCAAGGCCCUCCUCAAGGUACAAAACUUGGGCGAGAUCCUUGUCGAAUUGGGCCAGGAAAGGAGAGUUGAUAAGUUGACGAACGGUCUUUGCAUUGCCUUUAUCGAGAGGUUAUGUAAGAAGGGUGAUGCUCGCGGUCUGCCCAUCAUUCGUGCUAUCUUGAUGAGCCAGACUUUGAAAGAGAAGCAAAUUGCUGUCAUUUUCAAGUCUUUGGUUUUGGCAGCUCACAGACUUGACGACGAGGUGGACAAAGAUGGCGAAAUCCGCAAGGAGCUUGGUUCAACACUGAUUGACUUGUCACGGUUCUCUGGAGAAACCAGCGAAAUUAUUCGAACCGUGUUGGAGGAGGUUGACUUUGAUGUGGAGGAGUUGGAAAUGAAGCUGGAUGUCUCGAUCAGACAAAAGAAGGCUCUGCCCGAACCCCGGGAGGACGUCGAGAUGGGCGAGACCAAAGCCGCGGCACCCUCCAAGGAAGACUUGCGCCAGACCAUUCAGGAACUCGCUGGACAAAAGCGUACACUUCCUUCGUGCCUUUCAACCAGCCCUGGCGAAGUCUACGACGAAUUCAGCCAGCUCUUCCUUCGUGUUGUCUCUCAACAAUCUGAGGACCCGUCACUUUUGGCCGACUUUGACGAGCUUCCAUCCCUGAGUCGACAAACCGCUGUCAGCGAUCACACCUACAUCACCUUCUUCGUCCGAAUUUGGUCCGGCCCAUACCCCACGCUUGCGCGCGCUGCUGCCGUUGACGCCGUGAAGAAGCGCCUGAGCGACGGAGAUGGCAACGACCUUGACUUCCAAGCCCUCAUUCCUUACUGCCUCGUUGCGCUCGUCGACUCCUCCAAGAAGGUUCGUCGGGCUGCGGCUGAACUGCUCAUCCAGCUUGGCCAGAUCUUCCCUCCUCAGUCGAAGGAUGCGAAGAAGUCGGUCUGGGGUGGCAAGAAGCUUUAUGAAGAUAGUGCCAAGCUGCACUGGAUGGACGCCGAUGCGGUUUCUCGUCUCCUUCACGGCGUCAUCCUUCCGGCUCUCGAAGAGUGCAUUAUGCAUGAGGACCACAUCCGUGCAAUCUUGCAUUCUACUCUGGACAGCAGCGCCAAGGCGGACGGCGGUGAGGGAAAGAAGGCUCUGAGUCAGUCAAACAGAACCUCUGUUCUUUCCUUCCUUGCUAGCCAUAUCGUGGCGACACCUCUUCUCCGGGUCAAGUCUAAUCUCUUGUCAAUCUUGAACCGGAUCAGGGGAGUGUCGUCUACCUCGAGAACAAAGGUACUCCUUCCAGCUUUCAAAUGGUGGGCGUCUUUGUCUGCGGAAGAGACGAGCCAUCUUUGCGAGGCUGAGGAGGUUGAUCAGGCGUUGCUUCACACCAGGUUUGCCGAGAUCGUCGUGCCGAAUGACAGCGAAGGCCUUGACUGCCUUGUUUCAAUCAUCAAGAACCCCGAAUCCGCGAAGCGUCCCGAGCUGGUGAGAUCGAUCUCUGCGCGUAUCCGUGCCAUUUGGAGCUCAAUGAAGCCGGACACCAAGUUCGAUGUGGCUCAGACAAUGCUGGAGCUCUCUCAGGCUCGGCAGGCAUCGCAGGAUGACGAGGACAUUAUUGCUGAUGAGGCGGCCGAUUUCUUGAGAAACGUCGAACUCAACACGGAGAUUUUGUCUUCCUUCCUUGAGUCUAUCCAGACUGGUACGAAACUCAUCACUCAGCCGCCACCAAACAAGAGACGCAGGACAAGCUCUACAGAAGCCAACCGCGGAGUUAGCGCGCAAGCCAGCGCUGAACUGAGUGCAACCCUGAGAUCAGUCACUUUCGUUCUUCAGCUUGUGGAUGGUUCCAACCCUGCGUCGCACCCAGAGCUAUUGGACAGCCUCUUUGGCACUCUCUCUGAGCUUCAGCACUUCAGAACUGUGAUUGGAUCAGAACUUGGUUACCUACAAAACCUGGUUCUCACUAGUCUGAUUGCCAUGGCUCCUGCUUACAGAGACAACAAGAACCUGAAGAUCGACAGCUCUGGCGGACACGGCGACUUGCUCGUCAACUGCAUCCAGAAGUCCUCGAGCCCUAUCGUGCAGAACUCAGCUUUGCUUCUUAUUGCCAGUCUGGCCACGGCGGCCCCUGAUCUUGUGCUUCAUAGUGUGAUGCCCAUCUUCACUUUUAUGGGUGCCUCUGUCUUGCGCCAGAACGAUGACUACUCUGCUCAUGUGGUUAACCAGACCAUUAGAGAGGUCGUCCCGCCUCUGAUGAAGUCGCUCAAGAAGGGUAAGCGCAACCCAGUCGCUGGUGCUACUGAGCUCCUGGCAAGCUUUGUUACAGCUUAUGAGCACAUCCCAUCCCAUCGCAAACAGGGCUUGUUCAUCGCUCUUGUCAACACACUCGGUCCUGACGAGUUCCUGUAUGCUCUGUUGGCUAUGCUGGUUGAUAAAUAUGGCCCUAACGACAGCUUGAUGGCAUUUGCUUCUGAGCUUCUCGGCGUAUACAGUGCCGAGGUGCAACUCCAGACCCUCUCCAAACUCUUGGAUUUGAUCAGUGACAUUUUCAAGCCCAAGCCCGGCUUGUCGGCUACUCUGCUAGGAGUUGGCGAAGAUCUGAAUGAGAAAAACCCCGAGACCAUCGCCCUCCAGCAGCUUACUGUUUUCCCUGCCCUCCUGUCGAGCAGGAAGCUGCGAAAAGAAGUCGGCAUUCUCACGGAGAAGGACGACAUGGACGCUUCCAAGAUUCGGGAGCUCUAUGCGGUUUUGCUUCGUGAUGUCCUGUCUCUCGCAGAGACGGUCAAGCAGCAAAAGGCUUUGCACGAGUGCUGCGGCAAUGCCCUCGCCAACCUUCUCAACCUCCUCUCCAUUGGCGAGUUCAUCAAGUCUGUUGAGAACCUCCUGGAUCGCACGGAAAUUGAUCUCAGACGUAAGGUUCUCCGGGCUCUUGAGGUCCGUGUGGAUCAGGAGGGUGUCGCAGACGUCACAUCCAGAACCGCUCUUCUCGCCUUCCUGCCGCAGCUUACAGCCGCCAUUCGCGAUACUGAUGAUAUCAAGUACAAGCACACGGCGGUUGCUUGCGUCGACAAGAUCGCAGAAAAGUACGGCAAGAAGGAUGUCGAGGCUGUGGCUGCGGCCGCGUCGACAAUUGCUGGAGUCCAUUGUCUUGGCCAGCCAGAUGUGCGCCUUCGCGUCAUGGCUCUGCUCUGCCUCUCCUCUCUUGUUGAUGUUCUUCAAGAUGGCAUUCUGCCUAUUCUCUCCGUCGCUGUGCCCCAGGCAAUCCUGUACAUCCAGCAAAGCGUGGAGGCGGACGAGCCGGCCACCGAACUGCACAACGCCGGCUACUCGUUCAUCACGGCAUUGGCGCAGCACCUGCCUUACAUGAUCUCUGGAAAAUACUUGGACAGCAUCUUGCUCGCCUCCAACAAGUCUGCCGAGGCCGAUCUGGACGAUGAGGCUGAUGACGAGCGCCUGAACUGCCUUAGAUUCCUCGCCAGGAAGGUCGACGCCAAAAUCAUGCUCGCCAGCUUGGAGAGGAACUGGAUCCCGGCCACCGAAGCUGGCUACAAUGCAACCAACGACUGGGUCGACAUCUUUGGUGUUGUCGUGGAGAGUCACACCAAGUCUGCCAUUACCAAGAAUGUCACUACCCUUUCGACAAUUCUCCUCAGUGCCCUGGAUCUUCGCAGACGUGAGCAGGCGGCAGGCAAGCUCACCGGUGCGGCAUCACAACAGGUGGCCAAGAUCGAGGCUUCAAUCAACGAUGUGGCACUCAAGAUGAUCUACAAGCUCAACGAUGCGGCGUUUAGACCCAUCUUCUCUCAGAUCGUCGAAUGGUCUACGCAGCUGCCCAAGCAAGACGCCACUGGACGGGCUUUGCGCCGCUUCAGCAUUUACGGUUUCUUCCAGCUCUUCUUCGAGAGCCUGAAGUCGAUUGUCACCAACUACGCAACUUACAUUGUGGAUGAUGCUGUCGACAUCAUCUCCAACUGCGAUCUCAAGUUGCCUGAGCAAAAGGAGCUUUGGCAGAGGGUGUUGUCUACGCUGGCGCGAUGCUUCGAGCAUGACCAGGACGAUUUCUGGCAGGCCCCUGCGCACUUCGGCAAGGUGGCACCUGUCCUGGCUGCGCAAUUCCUACAGGCCUCUUCCGUUGAUCUGUCGGGCGAGCUCAUCCCCGCGGUCGUGGAGUUGGCUGCUGCGGCCGACUCCCAGGAGCAUCAAAAGGAGCUCAACAGCUCUAUACUCCGCCACCUGCGCUCCGAACAGGCUGCGGUGCGCCUGGCGGCCGUUAGAUGCCAGCAAGAGCUCACCGCCAAGCUGGGCGAGGAGUGGCUGUCGGCGCUGCCUGAGAUGUUGCCCUACAUCAGCGAGCUCCAGGACGACGACGACGAGGUCGUUGAGCGGGAGACACACAGGUGGAUCGUGAAGAUUGAGGGGGUUCUCGGCGAAAGCCUCGACUCCAUGUUGCAAUAA